CACAAACUGUCAGUGUCAGUGUCGUGGCAACGUGCACAUCACAUCGGUUGAUUCUUUUCCUCCCUUUCCUAUUAGGAAGAAUUUGUGCAUGAAUAAAAUUGCUGAAUAAAUCCUAACUAAAAUGGCUACUUUAGAUCGGAAAGGCACCUUUAAGGUGGAAUAUCUUCAAGAUAUUGAGAAGAAGGUUCAGGCAAAAUGGGAUAGUGAGAAGAUAUUUGAAAUGGAAGCACCAGACGAUGGGAAAGCUCAUGAAAAAUUUAUGUGUACCUUUCCCUACCCAUAUAUGAAUGGUCGAUUACAUCUUGGCCAUACAUUUUCACUAUCAAAAUGUGAGUUUGCUUCAAGAUACUACAGACUAAAAGGGAGAAAAGUUUUGUUUCCAUUUGGUUUUCACUGUACUGGUAUGCCAAUAAAAGCCUGUGCUGAUAAGUUAAAAAGAGAAAUGGCUCUCUAUGGUUGCCCUCCAGUAUUCCCUGAAGAAGAAGAGGUUGUAGUCAAGGAGGAAGGAGAUAUUGUGCCCAAAGACAAAAGUAAAGGAAAAAAAAGUAAAGCAGUAGCAAAGACAGGUGGAGCUAAGUACCAAUGGCAAAUAAUGCAGAGUCUGGGAGUUCCUGAAGAGGAAAUUAAACUAUUCGCUGAUGAGAGUCACUGGCUGGAAUAUUUCCCUCCAUUAGCAGUAGCAGAUCUGAAGAGAAUGGGUAUUCAUGUUGAUUGGCGUAGAAAAUUCAUCACUACUGAUGCAAAUCCAUUCUAUGACUCAUUCAUUAGAUGGCAAUUCUACCAUCUCAAGGAACGCAAUAAGAUCAUGUAUGGAAAACGUUAUACCAUAUUUUCGCCUUUGGACAAGCAGCCUUGUAUGGACCACGACAGGAGUACAGGAGAGGGGGCUGGCCCUCAAGAGUACACACUUCUAAAAAUGGAAGUGAUUGAGCCUUUCCCAAAAGUUCUCAAGUCUCUACAAAGUAAACAAGUGAGUUUAGUUGCAGCAACCUUAAGACCAGAGACAAUGUACGGACAAACUAACUGUUGGGUCCAUCCUGAUAUCAAAUACAUUGCUUUUGAAACUGUUAAUGAUGGUAUAUUUAUUUGUACUAAAAGAGCAGCAAGGAAUAUGGCCUAUCAAGGUUUUACAGAAAAGGAUGGAGAAGUUAAGGUAUUAAUGGAAGUUGUAGGACAAGACUUAUUGGGUACAGUCCUGAAGUCCCCAUUUACUUGUUACCCAAAGAUAUAUGCUCUCCCUAUGUUGACUAUCAAGGAGGAUAAAGGCACUGGAAUUGUCACCAGUGUACCAUCAGACUCCCCUGAUGACUAUGCGGCACUUGUGGACUUACAAAAGAAACCAGCUUUUCGUGAAAAGUAUGGUAUCCAAGAUGAAAUGGUACUUCCAUUCAAACCUGUACCUAUUUUAGAAAUUCCUGAAUUUGGUAAUUUAUCAGCUGUGCAUGUCUAUGACAAAUUAAAGAUUCAAAGUCAGAAUGAUAAAGAUAAGCUGACUCAAGCUAAAGAGAUGGUUUACUUGAAAGGAUUCUAUGAUGGUGUGCUACUUGUUGGGGAAUAUAAAGGGAAGAAAAUUCAAGACGUUAAAAAGAAUUUGCAAGCAAAACUUGUUGAGGAGAAGGGUGCUGUGAUUUAUUAUGAACCUGAAAAGACCAUCAUGUCAAGGUCAGGGGAUGAAUGUGUUGUAGCUCUUUGUAAUCAAUGGUACUUGGAUUAUGGUAAUGAAGAAUGGAAGAGUCAGGUGGAAAAAGCUCUCGCUGCCAUGAAUACUUAUCAUGAUGAAGUCAGGAAGAAUUUCCAGGCCACUCUGAAGUGGCUACAUGAGUAUGCUUGCUCAAGGCAAUAUGGAUUAGGUACAAAACUGCCUUGGGAUCAGCAAUGGUUAAUUGAAUCUUUAUCAGAUUCUACUAUUUACAAUGCAUACUACACAAUUGCUCACUUCAUACAGGGUGAUACAUUUAGAGGGAAUAAGGAAAAUGCUCUGAAAAUAAAACCCGAAGACAUGACUAUGGCUGUUUGGGAUUAUAUUUUCUUCAAAGAUGCUCCUUUGCCAAAAAAUACAAAAAUUCCCAAAGCGUCACUGGACCUAAUGAGGAAGUCAUUCCAGUUUUGGUAUCCAGUUGAUCUGAGAGUGUCAGGGAAGGAUCUCAUUCAAAAUCAUUUAACGUUCUAUAUCUACAAUCAUUGCGCUAUAUGGCCAAAAGAAGAGGACAAAUGGCCCAAAGGGAUCAGGGCUAAUGGGCAUCUUAUGUUGAACUCUGCUAAAAUGUCGAAGUCCGAUGGAAACUUCUUAACGCUCACUGAGUCCAUUGACAAGUUCAGUGCGGAUGGAAUGCGUUUAACUUUAGCAGAUGCUGGAGAUUCAGUUGAAGACGCGAACUUUGUUGAGAACACUGCAGAUGCUGCGAUUUUGAGAUUGUACACUUUCAUUGAAUGGGUGAAAGAAAUAAUUGCAACAAAAUCUACUCUGCGUACAGGAGAGCACAACUUCCACGAUAAGGUAUUCGUGAGCGAAAUGAACACCAAAAUCAAUCAGACUAAUGACAACUAUUGUAAGAUGCUGUUCAAGGAAGCUUUGAAGACUGGUUUCUUUGAGCUUCAAGCAGCGAGGGAUAAGUACAGGGAGUUGUGUUCAGAAGGUGGCAUGCACGCUGACCUUGUGACGCGGUACAUUGAGACACAGGCGAAGCUCAUGUCGCCUAUUUGUCCACACGUUGCUGAACAUGUGUGGGAGCUGUUGGGCAAUAAAACAAGUAUACUCCACGAGCUCUGGCCAGUCGCAGGCGACAUCGAUGAAACAUCGAUCAAAGCCAGCAACUAUUUGAUGGACGCGGCGCAUUCCUUCCGUAUCUACUUGAAGAAUCAUUGUGCAGUGAAAAAGCCUAAAAAAGGAGAGGCUCCGAAACCAGAAAAGAAACCAAAUAAGGCUAUUAUUUGGGUUGCCAAGGAGUAUCCCAAGUGGCAGCAUGUUAUUUUGACUACUAUGAAAGAAUUAAAUGGACCAAAUGGUCUUCCUGACAAUAAGGAGAUAUCCAGCAAGCUGGGUGCUAUACCAGAACUUAAAAAAUACAUGAAACGAGUUAUGCCUUUUGUGCAAGCAACCAGAGAAAAUAUGGAGCGCAUUGGCAUCGAAGCUCUGUCUGUGGGACUGCCCUUCGAUGAAGCUGUCAUUCUCUUGGAAAAUAAACCGUAUUUACUAAACACUUUAGAUCUGGACUCAAUAGAAGUAAAAUAUACGGAUGACCCAGAAGCCCCCGAAAAGACAAGGGAAGACUGCGCGCCGGGUCAGCCUCACGUGUCGUUUAGCGUAGAGACAGGAGUGGACGCCACGUUCAUCAACCCCACUCCACACAACGGACUGUUCACAGUCUCCGCCACACUCGCUGAUGGGGACACCAUCGAAAGAGUGAAGGCCAAGAUCGCAAAAGAAGUAAAGGCGAUAAAAGAUUUAAGCAGCCUAAAAGUGUGGAGAUAUAAAGACCCUAUCGUAGGCCCCAGGACAAUCCCUGUACCCGGAGACCAUGAGAACAAAUGUAUAGUAUUAGACGAUACAGCUGUACUGAAGGUGGAUGUGAAUGCAGUCACCGUGGAACUGGUCUCCAACGGAAAGAACCUGCCUGUUGGCACCAAACUAGUUUAUACAUACGAAAAAUAAUUCUGUUCUUAUAUAGGAAUAAAUUAUUUAUUGUCAUUUUAACGAUGAUUUAUUAUUGCCAUUAAUUUAGAAUGAAAUGACCCUGGUUUGUAUAAUCUAUGCUGUGGAUUGCAUUGAUUUUGUGUAAAAUAACAGUUGCGCCGUUGAUUCGCUUAAUAAGUAAAAAAACUUUAGUUGCAGUAAUACUUGUAUUGCUGCAGCGAACGUUUUUGCUUGUUCGAGUAUAAAUAGAUUUAUUACAUAAUAUUGUAUAAUGACAUAAUAAAAUAGUCAACAAGAAGCAAAUAGCUAGCUAAGUGGGUGCGCUGGGUGCAAACAGUCGUUCUAGCCCGGCGCCCUCCGGAGUGUCGAUGGCACUGCGCGGCUUGUCCUUCACUAUGUGCAUUGUUGGCAAGUCCAGGAUAUACACUUCUUUCUUGAACAGCUGGCCCACAUUGCGACCGAUUAGCUGAAAUAAGGAUAAGAAACAAUAAGGUCAAGACUUAAAACAUACAGAAAUAGGAUUAACAUAAGAUAGUUAUGUAAUGAGCUUACCCUAGAAGUGAUUUUCUUGAAUAAGUCACGUUUGCUCUUAUCAAUUUUCGAGGUCUUUGUGUUGUGAGAGUUGAGUUUCUCGUCGAGUCGGUGGAGAUCGUGCGCGUCCACGUCGGGGAUGGCACGUAGUACUGCUACUAUGCCGGGAAAUAGAGGACGCAGGAUCUCGUACGU